AAAGCUCCUGUCAUCAUGUCUGACACAGAAGACGUUGGGGUCGAGGAGGUAGUAGAGGUAGAGGUAGCUCCUGAGGCAGCUCCUGAACCGGAGCCUGAGCCUGAGCAAGAACCUGUGCCAGAGCCAGAACCAGAGCCAGAGCCAGAAAAAGAACCAGAACCUGAGCCAGAACCAGAGGUGCAUGAGGAAGAGGAGAAGCCCAAGUUCAAACCAAGUGCUCCUAAGAUCCCUGACGGAGAGAAGGUGGACUUUGAUGACAUCCAGAAGAAGCGUCAAAACAAGGAUCUCGUUGAGCUGCAGGCCCUGAUAGAUGCCCAUUUUGAGGGCAGGAAGAAGGAAGAGGAGGAACUCAUUGCUCUGAAAGAAAGAAUCGAAAAACGUAGGACAGAGAGGGCAGAUCAGCAGAGGUCCCGUGCUGAGAAGGACAAGGAGCGCCAGGCAAGACGUGAGGAAGAGAGGCUGAGGAAGGAGGAGGCUGAUGCUAAGAAGAGGGCAGAUGAAGAUAUGAAGAAGAAGUCUGCUCUGUCUAGCAUGGGCUCCCAGUACAGCAGCUAUCUGCAAAAGGCCGAUUCCAAGAGGGGAGGUAAGAAGCAAACUGAAAGAGAGAAGAAGAAGAAGAUUCUGUCAGAGAGACGCAAGCAACUGAAUGUUGACCAUCUGAAUGAGGACAAGCUGAAGGAGAAGGCCAAGGAGCUGUGGGACUGGAUGUUCCAGCUGGAGUCUGAGAAGUUUGAACACACGGAGAAACUCAAGAGGCAGAAGUAUGAGAUUACUACCCAACGUAUGAGAGUGGAGGAGCUCAGUAAAUACUCAAAGAAGGGUGCUGCUGCUCGCCGCAGAAAGUAAACUGUCAUGGAGAAGUCUACAUUCGUGGUAUGGACGUGUCUGCUGCCUGUCUCUUCAAGCUCUGCACAUACUUGUCAGGACUUUCUGACACCAGAGAUGGUCAAAGGCGGUCUACCACUCCCUGCGUGAUACUAACACAGUCCGGUUUUAGCAGUAGUUGCAGUAGACACUUCCCCCAUGUGUCUGUCUUUAGGUUCUCACCUUCUGUUUUUGUAAAUAAUGUUUUGGCUUGCCAGCUUUAUCUGUUGCACUGUAACUAUCUGGCGGUUCAAUAAAAUUAUUCGGGACUGAACUAAAUGUUUCCUGAUUAUAGAGAAAUAUGAUCUGAUAUUCAGCUACCUUCUUUCUCUAAAUGCCCUUAGCAGUAUAUUUUUCAGAAAUGCCAAUGUAGGUUUUCAUAUGCAGCUGUGCAUACAGUGUGAAAGUUUCUUUAUAACUGACCAUUUAUUUUACAUGGAAAAAUAUGUUACAGGUAUUUAAAAUGGAAAAUACCACAGUAAAGUGGUUUUAUAUGAAGUGAGCGUAUUGGGGGUGCCUUGUAAUAACUGAGUUUUGAGGUAUUGUGCCAAUGAUCUUAGUGUAUCUUACAUUAAGGCAUACAUAUCCAGUAUCAAUGCAUUUAGGUGACUGAUAUAUUUAUUUGACACAUAUUACUACAGUAAAACAAAUUCAUAAGGUGACAGUAUGAGGUUUUAAGAAUAAAUGUUUUAUUAGUGUCUGACUGUUGCAAAUAAUCUUGACGUGAUGUAUAAUCAUAUUAAACAAAUUCUUAAUGCGAGUUAUUUAAAGAGAAACAUACAAAAAUAGUAUGAUACAACUUAUAAAUAUACCACCAGGAUUCUCACCUAUAAAUAAUUAAUAUAGCCUAAAAACCUGAAAACACAUUUUGUUAUGCUAUGCUAUUACUUGUUAGGCUAAAAUUAGCUGGGCAGCUUAAUAAAAACGUUAUAGUCACAGUUACUCUUAAAAACUACAGUUUAUUUGACUAAAGCAGAAUUUGAAAAUAGUACAUUUUUGUUUCCGCUUUUGGCAGUCAUGCAAUUCAGUUUGUAAAACAUACUGUAUUAUUUCCAGUUUUCUAUGCUGCAUCAGAAUUUAAGCAUUAGUGUUUAUUGCAAUAUUUAAUCUAGUUUAAUCACAAAGUUAGCAAGGAAUAAGAAUUUGAAAAAUAAAACAAUGCUGUAUGUCAUGGCUCUGCCUCACUUAGUCAUGUUUUUCUUGGUCCUGUGGCAGAGUCAUGACAAAGCCUUUGGUUAUGCGUGGAGAGAAACAUAUUAUUGUCCUUUUGACAAUAAUAUGCGUUAUCUCCAGUGUCUCGUCAUUGGCCCCGCCCCUCUCGUUUCCUGUAUUGUUUCCCGGCCGUGUUUGAUUACCCUCACCUGCUCUGUGUCGUUAUCCUUCGUUUGUCUUCCCUUUAAAUAGUCCUCUUGUUUCAUUGUCUUGUUGCUCGUGUGUUACGUUCGUCUGCACGUGAAUGGUUCUUCCGUGUUUCCUUGUCGUUUACGUGAAAGACCGUGAUCGCUACUUUGCCUGGGUUUUCUUGUGAGUGUUUCUACGUGUAUCUCGUUUUGAUUUAGUCCUGUUUUUGCCCUCUAAUGGGAAGUGUUUUUGAGUUCUUGUUUUGUUUCCGUGUUCUUAUCCUUGUUUUGUUUUUGCACCCCAUCGUGGGUUUUGUUUUUGUUAUAUUAAUUGAAGUCUUGUUAACCCCUUCAACCCCGCUGCCUGCGCUUGGGUUCUUCCUCCACUCUACAUUCAUGACAGCUGUACACGUACGUCGAUAAAAUAAAGAUUGCAAUUCACUAUG